CUGUGCGCGGCUCUCCUGCGCUGCUCCCUUCUGCUUUUUCUCUCUCUGUAUUUAAUUCCGUCCGACCUUGGGGUGCUUCGUCAAGCCACUUAAUCACUCCAUUGGUUCUCUGCUGUUUACGAUGACAGCGGAGUCCUUUAAUUCCUGCAGGGAAUGAAAGUUCCGUUUCCGUAAAUAUUUAUGUCUUUGAUGUAUGCAGUUAUAUUUUUUUCAAAAUUGGGGAAUUCCGAUUGUAGACUCAGCCUUCGCAAAAUGCACUGCUUUUGACAAACUGUGAAGCUUGUUUUCCAGGGAUAAAUAUAUAUAUAUAUAUAUAUAUAUAAAUUAAUCUAAGAAAGGUGAACAGAGGAAGCUGUUCACUGGAAGCCUUCUCAGGAUGGCCACAUGGAUUUUUCAUUGCUUGGUUGCAUACACGAUGUUUUCAGGAGUUUUUGUAGAAAAUGCUGCGGGACAGAUUCCGGUAAACCAGGCGAAUGAGGGGUCGCAAGGCGCUUCGGGCAGAGUGCGGAGACGCGGACGGCAGGAGGAUCUGAGAGGGCCAAACGUGUGCGGAUCGCGGUUUCAUUCUUAUUGCUGCCCGGGAUGGAAAACGCUGCCAGGAGGCAACCAGUGCAUCGUGCCGAUUUGUCGCCACAGUUGCGGCGACGGAUUUUGCUCUCGCCCGAAUGUGUGCACGUGCUCCAACGGGCAGAUAGCGCCGACGUGUGGGGCAAAAUCCGGCCUGCAGUGUAAAGUCCAGUGCAUGAACGGGGGAAUCUGCACUGAGGAUCGCUGCCAGUGUCUGAAGGGCUACACCGGAGCCCUCUGCGCCCAGUCUGUGUGCGAGACGGCCUGUCACAAUGGCGGCCGCUGCGUCGGGCCAAACCGCUGUGCCUGCGUCUACGGCUUCACGGGACCCCACUGCGAGAGAGACUACAGGACGGGGCCCUGCUUCUUGCAGGUCACCAACCAGAUGUGCCAGGGCCAGGUGAGCGGCAUCAUGUGCACCAAGUCGCUGUGCUGUGCCACCGUGGGCCGGGCCUGGGGCCAUCCCUGCGAGAUGUGCCCCGCCCAGCCGCAGCCCUGCCGCCGCGGCCUCGUCGCCAGCGCCCGCACUGGAGCCUGCCAGGACGUGGACGAGUGCCAGGUCAUGCCAGUGCUGUGCCAGAAGGGAAGGUGCGUCAACACGGUGGGCUCCUACGAGUGCAGAUGCCCCGCUGGGCACCGGCAGAACGAGGCCACGCACAAGUGCGAGGAUGUGGACGAGUGUGCGACCGCUCCACACCUGUGUGAUGGGGGGAUGUGCUCCAACACGCCUGGCAGCUACACCUGCGUGUGCCCGGCCGGAUUCACGCUCUCUGCCGACAGAACGCGCUGCUUGGACCAGCGAGUGGGAUCCUGCUACGGGAGCCUGCUGAACGGGCGCUGUGCACAGGAGCUGUCGAGUCACUUUACCAAGGUCCAGUGCUGCUGUGACUCGGGUCGGUGCUGGACGAGGGGUACCCUGCCUGAGAUGUGCCCUGUCCGUGUGUCUGAGGAGUUUCGCCAGCUAUGCAUCGAGGGGGUCCCCGGCAGGUUCCCGAUUGCGGACCCCGGGAUCGUUGGUGGCCGAAUCCCCACAGAUCCCCGUGAUCCAGCUGCACACGACCCAAUGCUUAAUGGUCGAGGGGUUCCCCCCACCAAUGGGAAUGGGCCCAGAAUCAACUAUCCUGAUUACGCUACCCUGAACCAGACAGUGGAUAUCUGUCAGAAGCUGCCCAACCUGUGCCUGAAUGGCCGGUGUGUGCCAGUUCGGUCCAGUUACUACUGCGAGUGCAACGUGGGCUUCACGCAGGACGCCCGAGGAGACUGCGCAGAUGUGGACGAGUGCUCCUCCGACCCCUGUGCGAAUGGGGACUGCGUCAACACACUGGGCUCCUACUACUGCAAGUGUCACUCGGGGUUCCAGCGGACACCCGCCAGACAGGCGUGCAUCGACAUCGAUGAGUGCCUGCAGAAUGGCAUGCUCUGCAGCAACGGCCGCUGCCUCAACACAGAUGGAAGCUUCCGGUGCAUCUGCAACGCGGGCUUCCAGCUGACGCCUGACGGAAGGAGCUGUGUGGACCACGAUGAGUGUGCCACGACCAACAUGUGCCUGAAUGGCAUGUGUAUUAACGAGGACGGCAGCUUCCGGUGUGUCUGCAAGCCCGGCUUCACCCUGGCCCCUAGUGGGCGCUAUUGCAUUGAUGUCGACGAGUGCCUGACGGCCGGGAUCUGCAUGAACGGACGCUGCAUCAACACAGACGGCUCCUUCCGCUGUGAAUGCCUGGCGGGGUUGGCAGUCAGCAUGGAUGGCCGCUUCUGCGGAGACACACACAUACGCAGUACCUGCUACGGGGCCAUUAAGAAGGGCGUGUGCGCACGGCCAUUCCAGGGCGCCGUCACAAAGUCGGAAUGCUGCUGCGCCGAUCCCAACUACAGCUUCGGAGAGCCCUGCCACCCGUGCCCAGGCCGGAAUUCAGCCGAGUUCCAGGCCUUGUGUGGAAGCGGUGUUGGGUUUUCUGUGGAUGGGACAGACAUUAACGAGUGCGCGCUGGACCCAGAUAUCUGUCCCAAUGGUGCGUGCGAGAACCUGCGGGGAAGUUACCGCUGUGUCUGCAACAUGGGUUAUGAGCCUGACCUGACCAGGAAAAGCUGCAUUGACAUCGACGAGUGCCUGGUAAACCGGCUUCUCUGUGACCACGGCCUUUGCCGGAACAUUCCGGGAAGCUACAGCUGCAGCUGCCCCAAGGGAUACAUCUUCAGGCAGGACUCAGAGACGUGUGAAGAUAUCAAUGAGUGUGAGAGCAGCCCCUGUGCUAAUGGGGAGUGUAAGAACAAUGCUGGUUCCUUCAUCUGCGAGUGCUCUCCCGGCAGCAAGCUGGACAGCACAGGUCUCAUCUGCGUUGACAGCCUGAAGGGGACCUGCUGGCUGAACGUGCAGGACGGCCGCUGCGAGGUCAACCUGCAUGGGGGCACGCUGAGGUCGGAGUGCUGCGCCACACUAGGGGCGGCCUGGGGCAGUCCGUGCCAGCCGUGCGAGAUCGACCCCUUCUGCUCGAGAGGGUACGCACGGCCAAGGGGGCUUUCAUGUGAAGACGUGAACGAGUGCUUGGUGUUUCCCGGGGUCUGCACCAACGGCCGCUGCGUCAACACCAAGGGCUCCUUCCGGUGCCUUUGUCCCGAAGGGCUGACUCUGGAUGGCACAGGCCGCCUCUGCGUUGACGUGCGCUCGGAGCUUUGCUACCUGACCUGGGAGGAGGACGCCUGCGCCCAGCCCGUGGCCGGCCGCUUCCGCCUGGAUGCCUGCUGCUGCACCGUGGGUGCGGCCUGGGGCAUCGACUGCGAGGCCUGUGCCCGGCCCGGCAGCCGUGGCUAUGAAGAGCUCUGUCCCCGCGGGCCAGGCUUUACCAACAGAGGCGAUGUACUCAGCGGCCGGCCCUUCUACAAGGAUGUCAACGAGUGUAAGAUGUUCCCCAGUCUCUGCACGCAUGGGAAGUGCCGCAACACCAUCGGCAGCUUCAGGUGCCGCUGCGACGGUGGUUUCGCCCUGGAUGCCGAGGAGCGAAACUGCACGGACAUCGAUGAAUGCCACAUCUCCCCCGACGUGUGUGGGAGGGGCACCUGUGUGAACACGCCUGGCGGCUUCGAGUGUGACUGCUUCCAGGGCUACGAGAGUGGCUUCAUGAUGAUGAAGAAUUGCAUGGAUAUUGAUGAGUGUGAGCGUGACCCUGGCCUUUGUCUGGGGGGUUCCUGUGAGAACACAGAGGGCAGCUACAAGUGCAUUUGCCCCCCUGGCUACCAGCUCUUUCCAGACGGUGAUGCCUGCACCGACGUGGAUGAGUGCAGGCUCAGCGACCGGCUCUGUCGGCACGGGCGCUGCAUCAACGUGGCCGGCAGCUACCGCUGCUCUUGUGACUCUGGUUACCAGGCCACCCCGGACCACCAGGCCUGCGUGGAUAUCGACGAGUGCGCCAUUCAGAAUGGGGGCUGUGACUUCCGCUGCGCCAACUCGGAGGGGAGCUACGAGUGCGGCUGCAGCAGCGGGUACACGCUGAUGCCGGACCAGCGGAGCUGCACGGAUGUGGAUGAAUGUGAAGAGGAGCCAGAUAUUUGCCAUGGUGGCCAGUGCAGCAACAUCCCCGGGGAGUACCACUGCCUUUGCUUUGAUGGAUUUAUGUCCUCUAUGGACAUGAGGACCUGUACAGAUGUGAAUGAGUGUGACCUCAAUCCCAACAUCUGUUUGUCUGGAGAGUGUGAGAACAGCAAGGGAUCCUUCAUCUGCCACUGUCACAAGGGCUACUCAGUCAAGAAGGGCUCGACAGGCUGUACAGAUCUGGACGAAUGUGAAAUGGGGGCCCACAACUGCGACAUCAACGCUGCCUGUGCGAACACCCCAGGAGCCUUCCGCUGCUCCUGCCAGGAGGGCUGGGUGGGCAGUGGGGUCGCCUGUGCUGAUGUGGACGAGUGCAGCAGCGGGACACACCGGUGCAGCGCCAGUGCCGAAUGUCAGAACAUGGCGGGCUCUUACCGGUGCUCGUGCACCGAGGGCUUCACUGGGGAUGGCUACACCUGCACGGACGUUGACGAGUGUGCGGACAACGUGGACCUUUGCGAGAAUGGCCAGUGUCUCAACACGCCAGGGGGAUACCGCUGUGACUGUGACAUGGGCUUCACCCCCACCCCCGACAGCAGAUCCUGCCAAGACAUUGAUGAGUGCUCCUUCCCAAACGUUUGCGUGUUUGGCACGUGCAAGAACAUCCCCGGCAUGUUCCGGUGUUUCUGUGAUGAAGGGUACGAGCUGAACAGGUCCUCGGGUAACUGCACGGACGUGGACGAAUGCCUAGACCCCAUCAACUGCGUGAAUGGACUGUGCGUCAACACCGCCGGGUCCUACGACUGCAACUGCCCGCCAGACUUUGAUCUGAACCCCACUGGCGUGGGCUGUGUUGAUACUCGAGCGGGAAACUGCUACCUGGAGUUUGCUUACCGGGGCCGGGGGAACCUGGUCUGCAGUGUGGAGCUGGGCGUUGGGGUCAGCCGGUCCUCCUGCUGCUGCUCCCUGGGACGUGCCUGGGGAAACCCCUGUGAGCUCUGUCCUGUCCUCAACUCCUCGGAUUACAACACCCUUUGUCCUGGAGGGGAGGGUUUCAGACCCAAUCCUGUUACUAUUAUAUUGGAAGACAUCGAUGAGUGUCAGGAGCUGCCAGGGCUGUGCCAGGGUGGUGACUGCGUCAACACAUUCGGCAGCUUCGAGUGCGAGUGUCCGAACGGAUAUUACCUCAACGAGGGCAGUCGUAUCUGUGAGGAUAUUGACGAAUGUGUGUUCAACCCUGGAAUAUGUGGUCCAGGCACCUGCUACAACACUCUAGGUAACUACACCUGUGUGUGUCCCCAAGAUUACAUGCAAGUCAACGGGGGAAACAACUGCAUGGACAUGAGAAAAAGUGUUUGCUACAGAAACCACAAUGGCACAGCAUGUAGCAAUGAGCUGACCUUCAACAUAACCCGGAGGCUGUGCUGCUGUUCCUACAAUGUGGGCAAGGCCUGGAACAAGCCCUGCGAGGCCUGCCCUGCCCCUGGCACUGGUGGCUACCGUACUCUGUGUGGAAACAUUGUCCCUGGCUUCAGAUUAGACAUCGAGACAGGAAAAGCUGUGGACAUCGACGAGUGCCGGGAGAUCCCGGGGAUAUGCGCCAGCGGUGUGUGCAUCAAUCAGAUUGGGAGCUUCCGCUGCGAGUGCCCCACGGGAUUCAGCUACAGUGACCUGCUGAUCAUCUGCGACGAUAUCGACGAGUGCAGCAGCAGAGAGGGCCUGUGCCAGCGAGACGCCGACUGCAUCAACAUCCCGGGCAGCUACCGCUGCGAGUGCUCUGACGGAUUCAGCGUCUCUCCCAGCGGGGCCUGCUUGGACCGUGACGAGUGUGUAGAGAACCCCAACGUGUGCAGCCACGGGGAGUGCGUGAACAUCCAGGGGGCGUACCACUGCCUCUGUCACCAUGGCUACAGGGCCAGCUCCAAUCAGAGGAUGUGCAUGGAUGUCGAUGAAUGUGCAAGGCAGCCAUGCGGAAACGGGACAUGCAGAAACACGGUGGGUUCAUACAACUGUGUCUGCCACCCUGGCUUCGAGAUCACGCACAAUAACGACUGUACGGACAUCGACGAGUGCAGGACGCCGUACGGCGUGAUGUGCAGGAGCGGUCAGUGCCUCAACCAUGUGGGAUCCUUUGAGUGUCUGUGUCACCUGGGUUACAAGCUCACUGCAGAUGGAAAGAACUGCAUCGACGUGAAUGAGUGCACGAUAUUUCCUGGAACCUGUGCCCCCGGAACAUGCCAGAACACAGACGGUUCGUUCCGCUGCUUCUGCCCAGCAGGUUACGUCAAACAGGACGAACACUGUGAAGAUUUCAACGAGUGCGAAGAUCCUAACAUCUGCCUCUUUGGCUCCUGCCUCAACAGUCCCGGCAGCUUCGAGUGUGUCUGCGGGCCUGGCUUCAUACUCUCGGAGAACGGCCGCAGGUGCUUGGAGACCCGCACAGGCUUCUGCUUCAGCAAGUUCACCGAGGGGAUGUGCGCCGUGCCACAGGCCUUCAACAGCACCAAGGCCGCCUGCUGCUGCAGCACCAUGCCCAAGGAGGGCUGGGGAGACCCCUGUGAGCUCUGUCCCAAGGAGCAGGACGUGGGAUUUCAGGAGCUGUGUCCCUUUGGUCACGGACUCAUCCCCGGGAUUGGAGAAGCGCCAAUAGACGUGAAUGAAUGCGCAGAGAACCCGGGCAUCUGCCACAAUGGGCACUGCGUCAACAUGGACGGCUCCUUCCGGUGCCAGUGUGCCGUGGGCUACGCGCUGAACCGCACCGGGCUGCACUGCAUUGACAUCGACGAAUGCGCCAUGGGGAACCCGUGCGGAAACGGAACCUGCACCAAUGUGAUUGGGGCCUUCGAGUGCGCCUGCGAGGAAGGGUUCGAGCCCGGCCCCAUGAUGACCUGUGAGGAUAUCAAUGAGUGCAGCCAGAACGCCCUGCUCUGCGCCUUCCGCUGCGUCAACACGUUCGGCGGCUACGAGUGUACCUGUCCUGCAGGCUACACACUGCGGGAGGACGGCAGGAUGUGUCAGGACCUGGACGAAUGCGCACAGGGGCUCCACGACUGCGAGUCCAUGGGAAUGGAGUGCAAGAACCUGAUUGGUACUUUCAUGUGCCUGUGUCCCGUGGGGAUGGUGAGAACGCCCAAUGGCGAGAUGUGUCAGGAUGAGAACGAAUGCCGCACCAGGCCGGGGAUUUGUGAGAGCGGCCGCUGUGUGAACACCGUCGGCAGCUACAUGUGUGAAUGUAACAAUGGCUUCCAAGCAGAUCCUACACGCACCAGUUGCCUGGAUUUCCGCCAGGGCUUCUGCUUCACCGAGGUGCUGCAGACCAUGUGCCAGAUGUCCUCCAGCAGCCAGAACCCCGUGACCAAGUCCGAGUGCUGCUGCAAUGGAGGGCGUGGCUGGGGCAACCAGUGCGAGCUCUGCCCACUGCACGGGAGCGGCCAGUACAGGAAGCUGUGUCCCAAUGGGCCUGGCUACAGCACUGACGGCACGGAUGUAGACGAGUGCAAGGUCCUGCCCGACCUGUGCCAGAAUGGCCAGUGCAUCAACACCAUGGGCUCGUUCCGGUGCCACUGCAAUCCUGGGUACACCACAGACAUCGCUGGCACUGCCUGCGUGGACGCGGACGAGUGUGCCAUGUCACCGAAGCCAUGCAACUUCAUUUGCAAAAACACGGAGGGCAGCUACACCUGCUCCUGCCCCCGGGGAUACCUGCUGCAGGAAGACGGCAGGACAUGUAAAGACCUGGAUGAGUGCCUGACGAAGAGGCACAACUGCCAGUUCCUGUGUAGCAACACCAUCGGGGGCUUCACCUGCAGGUGCCCCCCCGGCUUCUCCCAGCACCACACCGCCUGCAUCGACAACAACGAGUGUGCAGUCGAGCCCAACCUGUGCGGCGCCAACGGGGCGUGUGAGAAUUCGCCUGGAAGCUUCAGCUGUGAGUGUCAGCAGGGUUACAGCUCGGACCCCAGCGGAUUGCGCUGUCAUGAUGUUGACGAAUGCAAGGGUAGCCACCGGUGCCAACAUGGCUGCCAGAACACGCUUGGGGGCUACCGCUGCACCUGCCCCCAGGGCUACAUGCAGCACUACCAGUGGAACCAGUGUGUGGAUGAAAACGAGUGUUCGAAUCCGGGCAGCUGUGGCUCGGCAUCCUGCUACAACACCCUGGGCAGCUUCCGGUGCGGCUGCCCAUCUGGCUUCGCCUUCGACCAGCUGCGCAGCCGCUGUGAGGACAUUGACGAGUGCGACUCCUUCCGUAACCCCUGCAGCUACGGCUGCGCCAACACGGAGGGCGGCUACCUCUGCGGCUGCCCCCCCGGGUACUACCGAGUGGGCCAGGGGCACUGCGUCUCUGGCAUGCUGGUUGGCAAAGGCCAGUUUGCCCCCCGGGGGGCAGAGGGGGAGGAGGAAGGUAACGGCCCGUCUGCGGAGGCCUGCCACGACUGCAAGGUCAGCAGCUACCGCAAGAGGAGCGGCAGGCAGCCGCGUGGCGCCGGCAGAGCCCAGCCAUUGGAGGAGUCGUCAUUCAGCCUGGCCAGCGUGGACAUGGAGGUCCCCUUGAAUCUGGUGAUGAACAUCUCCGAGCUGGACCCCAAGCAGCACAUCCUGGAGCUGGUGCCGGCGCUGCGGCACCUCGCUGACCGCAUGCAGUACGUCAUCUCCUCCGGCAACCGGAAUGCAGCCUUCCGCAUCCAGCAGCGGGGGGGCCUCAGCUACCUGCACGCCGCCCGGCACACAGCCUCACCGGGCACCUACACGCUGGAGGUCAACAGCCUGCCGCUCCACGCCAGCGGCCAGCUCCGGCACAAGGACACCCAGGCCGGGGAGCUGGGCAAGAGGCUGCACAUGCGGCUGCGCAUUCAGCUGCAGUAGUCGCCAGCGUCUGCACCACCAGCCAGGUGGGAUGUGGGGACUGUCUGGCCAGCAUUCAGCCAAACCUCACAGACAUGGACGCAUGUAUCAGGAUGGGAACGUCAGCGAAGCCAAGCCAGGGGAGCCGCACAGCCUCAGUCACAGCGCAGCACCAAAAGGUCACAGCAAGCUGCACGCAGGACGAUGACCAAUGACACAUCACAGCCCGUCAGGCUGUCAGCUGGGAAAGGGCAGCCAAACGUGCCACGAUCAGGUGACCUGGGCUGAGGUGCAGCUGGAAAUAAUAAAAGAGGAAAAACAGAGAUAGUUUAUAGAAAAUAUUAUUAAUUGGCACCAAUACUCGAAACUUUAGCUGUUAUCUUACCGGAUCCAGCUGGGUCACAGCUGGACGAUUCCCUCAGCUCAAGGAAACCCAGCCAGGCAUUUUGAGUUUGUGGCCCAGAGUUAUUCAGGAAAGCUUCUUCAUAAUGUAAAGCACAAUCAUCCUUAUCGGUCAUGAUUAAACUUUCCUGAUACCGAUGCAGAAUCCAGCUUUAACGUUGCCUAACCGGAUGUUGACACAUCUAUCUUUGUUUAUGUAUAAAUAAAUAUCAAUAUCAGUAUUAACUUGACACAAGCAGGCCUUAAAUGCUAUUAUGUCAUGUAAAUAGUCAGAAUUACAAUUUCAAAAAAUCUGUUAGAUCUUAAUGUAUUAUUUAUUAUUUUCACAGGAACAGUGUGUGUGUUGUGUAACAAUUAUAUGCACAGUUAUACAUUUUAUGGGAGCUAGAGAAUUCAGAGAUUGAAGAUGUGGAGGAUGCCAGUGUACUUCAGGUAACAGCAGUCUAAACGUCUUAAGUCUUAGCUCCAGCCUGUUUUCUCAAAGCAAAAAGAAUCUUGUCUUUCGCACGGUCAGGCCAGUGGGGAACUUCAGGUUACAAGCCUGUGUCUCAUCGCAGCAUCGGCUGCUGCCAUAUGAAGCUGCUGCCCCAGCCAAAUCACAUCGUAUCCGAUCAGCGACGGCUUUGGCAUCUUCACGUCUCAGGUCUGGCAAGUGGCCAGCAGCCAUAAAGACCACCGCUACAUUUUACUGGCUGGAGGCAAAAAUUGCAACUUUCAAACACUAAUUAGCAAAAAAAAUUAUAAAGGGUAUAACUUUUACCCUGCUGCCUUAUAUUAUAUAACAGUAUGAGAAUGCAUAUACAAUCAAUAAUAAUGAUGUAAUGCUAAUUUUAAUCACCACAAUAUCUGUCAUUCUUCUGCUCAUCCUUAUGAGGAUAGCGGUAAUGAUACUUUUGUUAAAUAAGCUUAUAACUCAAUUGCAAAAAUAUAUGCCGCACUCUUACUAUGUCCAAAUUAAACAGAAGGAUUUUACGUGCUUCUUAGGUUUGUGUCAACAUUUUGACAAAUUAGCCUAAUGACCAAAAGCGAUGACUUCAUCUGGGCUGUUUUGUGCGAUUGUUUUGAAGUGCAUUUUGCCCAAGUCCUGAGAAACUGCAGAGCCAGAUACUCCAGCCCCUCUGUGCUCGAACUGUGAUGCUUAAGAAGACCAGUAGAGCUCUGCUGUUAUUUACAGAAACACUGGAGCCAUUUGAGACUGGAAAUUGCCGGUGUCUAAGGCAGCAUCCCUGUACAGAUUUCCAACCUCAGCUUGCGACCCGUGAAGGAUUUCUGGGACAAACUCUGAAAGUGACUUCUUUCCAUUUACAGCUUUGGUUGUCAUUUUGAAUCUUGAAUUACUGCAGUCUAACCGUUAAGAUAUUUGUAUUUUAUAUACACACACAGUUAAUUGUGGGGGGGGGGGGGGGGGGGGGUUGAGUAUUUAAUGUGUUUUAUUUUAAAUCCAUUUUGUACAGGUGUCGUAGUGAUUGGAUUAGAUUUAUUUGCAUAUACAACCUGGUCUUUUCUAUAAAAAAAAAAGAGCUUUAUCAGAUUUUGAAUUGUAUCCAAAUAAUUCAGAGGCCUUAAGCGACCAUGCAACAAGAGUUUGUUCUGUUCAGUUAAUUUAUCUAGUCUAUGUCAAAUUUCUUUCCACAUGUACACUCACCUAAAGGAUUAUUAGGAACACCAUACUAAUACGGUGUUUGACCCCCUUUCGCCUUCAGAACUGCCUUAAUUCUACGUGGCAUUGAUUCAACAAGGU